CUGGGCGUCCGGUCACGUACACUGAUCAGAAAAUCAAACUCGCUGCACAUUGCUCAUCGUUAAUUCGCUAUUCUUACUAAAGCCCGCCUACAGUCAGCUGCCUUUUACCCAAUCAUUAAGAAGUAUAGUGAACGCUAGGCAAUUUAGUUAAUAUUCAUGAGCCAGUUCUUUGCCAUACUAGGAUAAGGAGGUGCAGGUUGUGUUGUGACCACAAUGUACCAGCCAGAGCCCGAGCGCAAGCACGCACGGCGGAUCCCCGCAGUUACAGCACGACUUUGACUGGAAGCAAAAUACCUGCGGUUCAACCCAUUGUGAAAUGAUGUUUUAUUUUGUCAAAAUGCGUCGCCGAGUUCUGUUUUUCCGACGGUAACGAGAGCCGAUCGUCCAGUCGCUUAGGACACAUUUUCUGCGCAUCAUUUGGACGGGAGUCUCUAGGAUGGAGCACAUCAGGACACCAAAGGUUGAAAAUGUGCGCAUGAUUGACUGGCUCAACCCCAGGAGAUCCACACUGGGAACGUUGUACCUCUCCUCUACUCAUACUAUAUUUGUAGACAACUUGGAGGCACGCAAAGAGACCUGGGUUCUGCACAGUUUAGUAAGUAAUGUGGAAAGACUUCCGACAAACCCUUCAGGAAGUCCUCUCAUUAUCCGCUGUAAAAACUUCCAUGUCUACCGACUGCUGAUCCCACAGGAGAAGGACUGUUUAGAUGUGCUGGCCUCCCUCACUCAUCUAUCGCGCCCAGAGCGCUACGGAGAGCUGUUCUGCUUUUCCUUCAACCCUAACUUAGAUAAAGAGUUAAGGGAAAAGGCGUGGGGGUUCAUUGAUCUCAAGGCAGAAUUCAAUCGAAUGGGAAUACCCAGAAACCUCUGGCAUGUCACAGCAGCCAAUCACGAGUACAGAUUGUGUGACACUUACCCAUCCGAGCUGUAUGUGCCAAAGUCAGCCUCUCCUGCCGUCAUUGUGGGCAGUUCCAAGUUCCGGAGUCGAGGACGCCUUCCCGUUCUCUCUUACUUCCACAGGGACACCAGUGCGUCUAUCUGUCGGAGCAGUCAGCCUCUUUCUGGUUUCAGCGCGCGUUCCUCGGACGACGAGCAGAUGCUACAGGCCCUUAUGAAGUCGAACCCUGUCAGCGAGCUCAUGUAUGUGGUGGACACGAGGCCAAAGCUUAAUGCAAUGGCAAAUCGCGCUGCUGGAAAGGGAUACGAGAACGAAGACCACUACACCAACAUUAAACUGCAGUUCAUUGGUAUCGAAAACAUCCACGUCAUGAGAAACAGCCAACAGAAGCUUAUAGACGUUGCUGAUCUUGUGUCUCCUUCCAUGAGUGAAUUUCUGUGGGGUCUGGAGAAUUCUGGAUGGUUAAAACAUGUCAAAGCUAUACUAGAGUCUGGAGUCUUUAUUGCUAAGGCGGUGGCAGAAGAUGGAGUAAGUGUUCUGGUGCACUGUUCAGACGGCUGGGAUCGGACGGCUCAGGCUUGUUCAGUAGCUAGUGUACUACUAGACCCAUACUACAGAACCAUCAAAGGACUGAUGGUUCUAAUAGAGAAAGACUGGGUUUCGUUCGGACACAAGUUUUCCCACAGGUACGCUCACCUGGACGGUGACCCUAAGGAGGUCUCGCCGGUCAUGGAUCAGUUUCUCGAGUGUGUUUGGCAGCUGAUGCAGCAGUUCCCCUGUGCAUUCGAGUUCAAUGAACGAUUCCUUAUACAGCUGCACACGCACAUCUUCUCCUGCCAGUACGGGAACUUCAUUGGCAAUUGCCAGAAAGAGAGGAAAGACUUGAAGAUACAGGACCGAACACACUCUCUGUGGCCUCACCUGUGGGAGAACAGGGCAGAAUACACAAACCCUCUGUAUAGGACAGACCACAGUCAAACACAGGGUGUUCUCAAGCCUCUCACCACCGCCUACUGCUUCAAGUUUUGGAAGGGGAUGUACAGUCGUGCUGUGAGAUGCUUGGCUUCACAGCAGUCUCCUGCUGAUUGCCUGAACGCAGUGAGGGAGGAGUCACAGCAAUUGGAGGAGGAGCUUAGCAGCCACCAGGAGAGACUCGCUCGGCUGAAAAAGAAAACUCCGGGGGAAAGAACGAACACCAACAGGCCGUCUGAACAAGUCCGCCGUCCAAUCCCAAACAAGGGUGAACUCGGCAGCCCUUUAGACUACUUCACCGACCUGAGAAGCGAGACACACCCUCCUUUCUCCACACUGCCAAUGGCGUCACCGGCCCCGCUCACGAGCGGCGACCCUGAUGACCUUUCAACCUGCAGUGAUUUCGAGUCAGGUGUGGCUGACCUCAGCAGCCACUCCUCAAGUGCCGGAGAUGAGGCUAAGGAACCCGAUAGUGAUGAGGGGGUCAUCGCAAACGCCUGAAAAAAAACUGGUGGCAGGAAGGUGAAAAAAGCACAAAAACGGGGAACUGCUGUUUUAAAAUGUUUUAUAGGUGUUCGAAUUUGUAUUUAAGUAUGUGCGCAAAACGCAUAUCUGAAAUAGUUUAGUAACAAGUCUUUUUUAUUUCCAUUAUUGUAUUGUGGGUUUUAAUUUAACUUGCUGUGUAUAUUCAACCAGUUUUCCCCUCGAGCUUUCAGUAAUGACAGGUUUUGCUAUUCUCCGAAGCUAGCAAACCACAUACUAUUCAAACUAUUUCUGCAUCAUAUGGCAUAAACUGCAUACAAAUGUACAACACAACACACAUGGAAUAUGUUAUCUCAGAAUCCAUUGCUCUCAACUUCUGUUUCUAGCAACAAGUGAUCAUGAAGGAAUAUCAAUCGCCCAAUUAUAAACAUUCAACUUUUGACUUCACUGAUAAGAGAUAAACCAGUUUUUAAAGCAUUUUAACAAUUAGACAACAAACUGUUUUUAUUCCCCAAAUAACAGUAUUUGCUAAAUUCACUGAUUAUUAGUUCACAGUGUGGCAUACUGCAAUUUAUGGCGUUUAUUCACACACUUAAAAUAAAGUAUACAGUACACUAGUACUCCAUUUUGAACAUAGCCCAUGUCUUCCUAAAAAAAGUUCCUGCCAAAACUAUGUUCCAGUCUGUGCUCUCCAUUUGUAUUUAAAGGAAGUCUUAUAUGGAGUUGAAAUGGCGAGAAGUAGAUGGCACCUUGACUACAGUAUGUUUGAUUUCUGUAUAGCUUAAGAAUAUAGACAAUCAAGCCGUCACAACAUCCCUCUGUUUAACGUUUCAAUUAUACCAGUAGAUUUUAAAAGUGAUUUGUCUGGAACAUACACAUUUCCAGGGCAAAUACCCCCAAUAAAUUGUUUGCCUAGAAGCAAACUACAUGACGAA